AUGGCGACCAACUAUCUAAUCAAUCAUUGUUUCUUGCCGCCUCAACUCCCGCAGAAAGAUGAUAGCUCCGAGGGUAACGACCACAUGCUAACAGAGCUGUUCCAAGAGACGCUGAGGGCUGCUGCUGCCCGUGCACCUCCUGAAACCGGCUGGAAAGCUCUCAUAUCCAUUCCAGACUUGCUCCUGGAACAGGAAGGAACCUUAACAGAGGCGCGAUUGGUCCAGUCCAUGGGAUCAAUGCUAUCUAGCGGUGUGCUCGUUCUUCACAUUCGAGCCCAAAAUGCUGGUUUGAUAAUCCGAAGAGAGAAUGAAGCAUAUGUGUUCGAGUCCUUCGAGCUUUCGCCGACCACGGACCAAGUCACAACAACGAAAGGUCGCCUUGUGCGCUGCUUCCCUGGCCCCGCGAUCGCCGUCAAGAAUGAGCGUGUCAAUGAUGUGAACUUCAGAAAGGCAUUUGCUCAGUGUGUCCUUCAGUUGAGCGACCAAGUUGUGGAAGACGCCUGUCCAACGUCUCAAAAGGCCGGUUUGGAUUUUGUAGAGUGUCGACAAACAGCCAGCCCACAGUAUGUUACGGAGAUGCUCACGGGCUUUCUACGCUCUGUUGGACAGCCACACGAUGUCACAAGAAUCCAGAAGCACACGAGAGACGAAGUUCUUUGGCAUAACGCUCUUGCUCCUUGGCGUCGAUCCCCUCGUUGGCUACUGCUCCGAGUCGCUCUGCAGACAAGCCUGAAGAAGAAAGAUGAAGAUCAAGGUCGUUCCACACAUUAUAAGAUGUUCAUGGUGCUUCUGUUUACGAAUGUCUUGGACCGUGCUAUGCGAGAGUCGAUCUCUGGGGAACUCUUGUUCAUUAUAACGGCGAAGAUCAGUCGACGUAUGCUGAAGCUUGGAUCGUCCGCAGAUAAAAUGCCUUGGCUGGAUGUUGUAAAGCUCUCGAUGCACGCGGCACGAAACGAGCUGCUGAAAAGAUGGAACGAUGUUCAGAACACUCCACAUAUAAAGAUCUACGAGAAUCUAGACCUGCAAAGUCUCCGCCAAGCUUCCGACACUCAUCUACAAUUUCGGGCACUUUGUAAAUACCUUGAGAAAAUCGAUCGACGCCUUCUGAACGCGUCUGAUGACCGGCCAUCGCUUCCCACCUACGAAGAUAGAAUACUGCAAGAGGCGUCAACACUGCCAACAGCCUGCGCUAUUCACACAGAUGCUGGAUCUUACAACUUAUGGCUACUUGAUCUGGAAGCCUGGGUGAAUGACCAUUUGCAAACGUGGAUAUCCCUCAAUCUCGUUCACACGCCAUCGACGACCACAUGCAGAAAUCUUGCGACUCUCAUGUCUGUGUACUUUGAAGUUGCCAAAAAAGUGUACAGAGAUGACCCCCAGAGCUUUUCUAUCAUGGUACUGACCAUUAUGGAUAUGUGGGUUGCGCUUGAUAAAUGUACAAUAUCUGCGGAGCCACUUUUCAGAAAGUACCCCACAGGUUUUCCGUCUUCCAUCUUCGACCGACUGCUCUUGGCUAAGGAACAAGACAUGCGUCGAUUGUUCUACAUUGAGCAAUAUCUAUUGUUGAGACGAGAUGAAGCUGAGCAAGGCUACCCGCUGGUAUUCCAUGAAGGCAAUACAACAAGAAGCUUUGCGGUGGCAUUUUUUGACCAAUCGCCUGAGCAUCAACAAUUGAAGCUUGAAAUUGAAGCGGCUGCCGCUGAAGAUCGAGAGAGAAAGCUUCGGGAAUUUGCGAAGCAGAAAGCUGUAUACGAGAACCUCAUGAGGCAAUCCAAUUCCAAGACAUGCUCAACUACGUCCGUCACUGUAGGCGGACGUAGGAAUAGGAGAAUUGAAGAACAACAUGUUGCUUCUAAAUGCAGUAAAUGCUCUCUCAAAAGCACUGCUGCAAACAUGAUGAUCACUGUGCAUGAAUGGCCUCUGCCUUCCGCUAGUACUGAAGCCAAGGCUGCUGUAUUCGAGCUUGACGUCCCUGACAUAGUUUCGAUCUGGAGAGAAUCUACCUAUGCGGUUCUUGUUGACCUUUUCACAGCUGAUACUGCCAAAUCAGCCCAUUCAGAUGGGAAGUACAUGUUGCUCAAAUCUGAAGGUAUCCAGAAAUGGAUCAAGACCAAACCCGGACGAAUUCAGCUGGCAUCUUCAGUCAAGGAGGUUUCCAGAUCACACUACGGCAAACAGCGUUUUAAUGUCGCAACCCAAUCCACUGUAUGUGUGGAGAACGGAUUACGUUGUAUCAUGUACGACUCAGGUGCUUGUGUUUGGACCUGUGAAAUCCUCGGGAAACAUUCCCUAGGACGUACUUGCACUCUGAAGCUGCCCCCAGGAAACUACAAGUCUCUGCAGUACGUUUUAGAUGGAACUCAGCACACAUCCAACAGCAUUAUCGCAAAUCAGGAUGAAUGCCCGGGAUCAAUCACCUUACAUGAGCUCUAUUCUUUCUCGACCUUGCGAGCCGGCCAUAGACUUCAGUGGCGAAAUAUCUCCCGGGAGCUGGUUUCGCGUGUUCUGAACUUUAAUCAUAUCGAAACACACCUGUUGGUAAUGGAAGCAGCAUAUGAAGCAGGUCCCAGCGGUCUGGCAUUCACGAGAGACUCCCAUGUUGAUUUGGUAGAAGAGGACUUUGGACUGUCUUUACUUUCGGCAAUCGAAGAUGGUCUAGGAAUUGUCGAGAGCAAUUGGCAGGGCGCUACUGCAGUUCGCACUUUCACUGGUCUAACGACACGUCUCUUGUCGUUGUCCCCGCAUAUCUUUGUGCGUAGUCGAUGCCUCAAAUUCCUUGAUCGUGCAAGAAAGGUCAUAGUUGGAUGGAUCCAAGAUGUCACCGAAUUGCUACACACUAGCGAUGGAGAAGAACAGCAGAAAAGAAUGGCGGCACGCAUUCUCGAUUUGGCACUGACCUGCUAUGCAACUUUCGACACCGACGAAUGUCACCUAGCCAGCAUAUUCUCAUCGGCACAAAACGUUUCCAUCGCGGUCGAAUCCGCCGUCACCAUAUAUGACAGAUGUUCAGCAGUAAAUGAAAGCCGCGAUGCGUCUAUGGCUGCCCGUAUGGCUCAAUUUGUCCGUUGCUCUCGAUACAUCGAAGAGACAUUACGAGGACGGAUCUUGACCGACUCCAGUGGAAUCGAUAUUGCUAUCCGCCAUCUGUGGUCUGGGUAUGAGCCUUCUGGAAAGUGGACUGCAUUGAGCUCUCCAAAUGAUCGAUGGGUAUUCACUCAGACAUCUGCUCAACGCAAUAGGGCUGGGAUGACUGUACACUUCAACGUUCUGGAUGGCGACUUUCUCGUCAAUGGAGUUCCCCUGACACGACUUCCUCGCCAAUACGAGUCCCACGCCACUUAUCAGCGCAUAUUUGGUGGGAGAAUUCUGGAAGUCGUUCCUUCCCAAAUAGUAGGCAUGACUUUCGCAUCCCGCCGCGAGAUAUUUGGAUACCAAGUUCACUUCCAUUAUCAUGGCUCGGAACUCAUCAUUCGUGCGUGCAAAGAUGGGUCGGACUUUGAGUUAUUGCCACUCCGGGCUUUGCAUGGCGAUGUUCCUCAAGCUUUCAUCGAAGAUUAUGCCCACUGGUUCGACCAUAGCUCAGGCUCUAUCGAAUUGAGACCUAUUGGUACCCCUUGGAGCACAUCUCCUGACAAUUGGCGUACUGAAACGAAGAGAUCCGAUCCAUUCAUUCUUUCGCAAAGCAACCGCAAGUUGAUGGAAAUGCGGAGUCCUAUCGUGCAAGCAAUUCAUCAAGUUUUGAAUACGCUCGAAGCGGAGCAACACAUUCAUGUGGUGCUUACUGGGACAUCCAAAAUUGAAGUUCAUAUCCCUAGAAUGAACCUGGACUUCACCAUCGAGCAGGGAAGCUCGUUUUUGGAAUCGAAGCAGUUCCGCGGCAUGUUCAUUGACCGGAGUCAAACAUUUGGAUCUUUGACAGGCCUGGUCACGAAAUUGGUACUGCGCGAGGCUCUUGGAUCCUCGCGGAUUGUCUUGGUUCCAGAUGGAGAAAUUCUUUCUGCAAAGCAAGAUGACCAUGUUCGAGUGCACAUCGACACGGGAUCAGCGAGACAUAUAUCAUACCAUCCGUUCCAUAUCGAUAGCCUACUGGGUCGCCUUGUUGAUAACGGAAGUCUGCACAGCCGCCUGUUUCGAGUUUAUCUCCACGCUGUAACAUCAUAUCCUCUGCCGGAUAACCUUCUCGGUCGAACUGGCACAGAGGAAGCACUUCACUCACUUACCCAGGCAUCGACCACAUCCUUUUCUACUUUUGGAAAACUAGAAACCCAAUUGCUUGUUAAGAUUGGCUCUCUCUCUCCCAUCAGGAGAUACUAUCCGCCGCAUCUUCGGACCAUGGAAACUGUGAGUUGGAGUAGACUUCCCAGUCUACAACAGCACGAGAAGUUUUUUCAGAUUGUUGAAACGAUGAAGCAGGAGGCCCUGUCGCUUCAAGAGUUGCAGGAUGUUUUCGUGGAGGCACCAGCAAUUGAUCCUCGUAACUUCAGAGAGCUGUAUGAAAGAGCCAGCAUCCGACUCAGCAACAUUCGAGUCUACGGGUAUGGCGCAGAGAAAUUUACCACCCAACACGACCACGUUUACGCUGCUAGAGAUAGUAUCGCAGACUCUACCCGUGAAUUCCAAGCUUGUUCGGUCUCAAAGCUGGUUGAUGGCUGGGCUGUCAAUUCAAUGCCCGUUCGGGGUCUGCUUUCAAAAUUCGAAGAAUGGGGCUUGCCAUUUUCUGGGAAAGAUGACCAGUCUUUCCCAGGCCUGGGAUUUGACCACGCCUUACUUGAUCCGGCAUCUAAGUUUCUGCCCGCAGCUUGGAAUACAAUUCAAAAGACGCUUAUCGGAUGCAACGUAUCCAACGACAGAUAUCGGCUCAUGUUGUUCUUCGCGACUUUGGCAUAUUCGCCAAAUGCCGACCAGGACAUUGUGCAAGUUCUCCUUGCAUUUGCAACAGUUCCACAACUCGCGACAAUUCGCAUGCCUCAAUGUCAUUCUAUCAAUCUCAGUCAUGGAUACGCUCCAAGUACUACUACCUUGAUGGAAAUCUUGGGGCGCAACAUCAAACCCUUCCAAAAGUCUUGGGAGAGUCGACUUCCUCCACUUGAGACAGAGACUUAUCUGGCAACGGCCAUCCGUAGGGAAGAUGCCUUCAUUUCUGCCGCGGACGAAAAAUGCGAGCAGUUUAUCCAGACACUGACCAGCCAGUGGCCAACCUCCAAUCUUCAUUGGAGAACUGCGAUUGUAGAUGGACUCGAAAUGUACGUCAACACCGAUGGUGCGAAGGGAGAAGUCGUCAAGAAGUUCAAGGAGUGGCAUUUAAACCACCAAUUUCGUGAAUAUAUCACAAAUCUCGAGGCUGUCCUAUGUACGAUAGCGAGUCCAGCAUCAGCAACCACCUACUCAUUCCAAUCUCCCAUUUCCGCUAUAUCUGUCCGUCAAAGAUACAUCAGCUUCCAAAACAUCAUCAUGGGAGGGACACCGAGCACAGUUGGUGUAGAAAAUUGCUCUCCUCUUCUAGUCCAUGUUGAGAAAACUUCCUCGGCAGCUAGCCCGUCGCAUCGCGGUGUCAACUUGCAGAAUCUCCUCAGCCGUCUGUCUGAGAAAGCCCGCGGCGGGUAUGAGAACAACUACAUCAGCGAUCUUCAGAAGAGUUUUGCUGCUUUCACUGCUGAUCAUGAUCAUUCGAUAUCCACUGCACAAAACAAUGAAACUCUGGUACGGCAGCACUUAAGCAAAUCGGCUGCAUAUGUCGCUGAGCUUUAUCGCAACAUCUGUCGGGAUCUUAGCCACUCGCCAACAGCUGGCCAUUUUCUCUGUCACCAGGCAUCAAUGUCACCUCGACUAUCGCCAACCAGUAUUCUAUCGCAUCUGGCUUGGAACAAGUCAAAGAUGCUGCCGGCUGCCUGGAAAGCAGCAUUCGUUGAGUAUGGGACGGCCAUCACUACACUUCAACGUGCGAAAAGAUUGAACGCAUGUUUAAGCGACCCAGCGGAGCUCCUUGGAGAGUUGGCAAACCCUGGCCAUGUCGGAUGGGACCCCCUUGAUCAACCUGAUUGGCUACUGCUGGAACUCGAAAACGACAUCUUAAUUCGGGAAGAGCAAGCUCAAAUUGCCCGUCAUAUGAUCUCCCCUUCGUCGGGAACCAACUGCAUCAUGCAAUUUAAUAUGGGCCGGGGAAAAUCCUCCGUAGUCCUUCCUAUGGUUGCAGUGAAACUGGCCGAUGGAUUGAAAUUGAUCCGUGUAGUUGUUCUGAAGUCGUUAUCGACCCAAAUGUUCCACCUCUUGCAGAACAAGCUCGGUGGUAUGAUCAACAGGAAGAUAUACUAUGUUCCAAUAUCUCGAUCUCUCAAACUCACCCCCAAACUCGCCACUAAGAUUCGGGACACCUAUAUCAGCUGCUCGAAAUCUGGUGGCAUCCUUCUUGUGCUGCCCGAACACAUACUGUCAUUCGAAUUACUAGGUCUCGAUUAUGCACUUUCAAGAGGCAUGAAUGCGAGCGCCCGAAGUAAAACUUCGUCAUUGACGCAGAUCGGGUCUACAAUGAUCAACACACAAAAGUGGCUUCUUGAGAAUUCGCGGGAUAUUCUCGAUGAAAGUGACGAGAUAUUGAAUGUGAACUUUGAAUUGAUCUAUACGAUGGGCGAACAACGUGGGACUGAGUUCUCUCCCGACCGUUGGGAGAUUAUUCCGUGUGUGCUUAACACAUUGGCAAACGUCGCCCAGAAUUGCGGUUUUUCUCAGAAGUUCCCCAACGGCCUCGAAAUCGUAGCUGCAAAGUCCGGCGAUGGGUUUCCAAGACUCAGAAUUCUGCAGCCAGAUGCUGGAGCCGAACUACUUUCAGCUACCGCUCGGGAAAUCUGUGAGAAUGGAUUGCCGCGUAUCAACGUUUGGAACCUGUCAAAAUCAGCCCGGAACGAUUUGUUCAAAUUCAUCACUGAUCCACACAUCAGCGAUGUUGAGUUACAACCACUCCAGGAAACAGUUCUCGAUGCCGAACCUAUGAAGUCAUCGCUUCUCCUACUUCGUGGACUUUUCACUGGUGGCGUACUUAACUUUGCCUUUGCUCAGAAGAGAUGGAGAGUCAAUUAUGGUUUGCAUUUGGUCCGCACUCGGCUGGCUGUCCCCUACCAGGCGAAGGACAGUCCCUCUGCGCGAGCCGAAUUUGCUCACCCAGAUACCACCAUUGUGCUAUCUUGUCUAUCGUACUACUAUGGAGGUCUAAGUAACAAGGAGAUCUAUGCAGCUUUUCAAGAGUUGCUUCAAUCAGACCACCCCCAGGAGCAGUAUCAAGAGUGGAUCAAAUUCGUCCCUAACAUGCCCACUGGCUUCAUGCAACUCAAUGGUAUAAAUUUGAGCAACGCCACGCAAUGUACUCGACUGCUCUUCCCACUGUUGAGGUUCUCAAAGGGUCUCAUUGAUUUCUACAUGUCUCAACUUGUAUUUCCUAAAGAGAUGAAAGAGUUUGUUCACAAGCUAUCUUCAUCCGGCUGGGAGAUUGGGAGAGACAAGAACCAUCCUACCACGGGAUUCAGUGGCACGAAUGAUAGCAAGUACGUCUUGCCGGUUUCAAUUAAGCAGUCGGACCUUCCUCAGCAGUUACAUACGAAUGCGGAGGUUCUAGACUGCCUCUUGAGACCCGAGAACUCUGUAGAUUCCACUCUUUCCAAUGGUAAAGGUGUGCUCGAUGCAGCAGUUCUCCUUGACAUGGCUGUUGCUUCCAACCCGCCUGUUCGGGUAAUACUUGACGUGGGCGCGCAAGUCUUGGAGCUUGAAAAUGAAGAGGUUGCCCGGAAAUGGCUGAGUAUUGUGCCCCCUUCUGAUGCCCAGGCUGCUAUCUACGUGGAUGAGCGCAACGAGAUCUGUGUUGUCAGUCGUACUGGCUUGACGGAACCACUGCAGAUAUCUCCGUUUGCCAAGCUUAUCGAUCGUUGUCUUGUUUACCUGGAUGAGGCCCACACACGUGGUACAGAUUUGAAGAUGCCAUCAAAUUACCGCGCUAUAGUAACUCUGGGACCUGAUCUUACCAAGGACCGACUUGCUCAAGCAUGUAUGCGACUUCGGAAGUUGGGCAAGGGCCAAUCAGUCGUAUUCUGCUCAUCUAUGGAAAUUCAAAUGAAGAUUCUUCAAUGUUGUGGCAAGACGGCCGGAGAUGUCAUUGAGGUGUCAGACAUCCUCAUCUACUGCAUCUCAAACACGUGGCAAUAUACCAAGAAGUCUCUUCCACUUUGGGUAGCUCAAGGUGUGCGCCACUACAAACGGCGUGCGGCAUGCGCCACCCUUUCUGGUCUUCCAACAGACCCUUCUUCGAUCCUCGAAGCAGAAGCCCAAACACUCGAGCAACGUUAUGGACCCGGAGGUGACAAAUCUCAUGAGCAAGCUAUUAUUAAUGAAAACGUCGGGAACCCCCUCCUUUCGCCAUUCCAAGGUGAACUUAAUGCUAUUCGCGACAAGUGUUGGGAAUUCGGCCUCGACUCCUUCCGCGGCGUAAAUCUGCAAGAAGAGCAGGAGCGCGAACUACAACCCGAGAAUGAGAGAGAGCAGCAGGUCGAGCGCCCAAACCGACUGCCCCCACAACCUCAUCUGGUCCACAAAGAUGUCCGGGAUUUCGCUACCACAGGCGCCAUUAGUAGGUUUUCAUCUGCUUUCAGAUCGGCAUUCGCAUCGCUUCUCAAUACAAGCGCUGGAGAUCUGUUCGAAUUCCCUGCCUGGCCCCAAGAUCUCCUUGUAACAGCAGACUUUGCCCAGACUGUGGAUCGAGCUGAGAAAUUAGACCAUUAUCUUCGCCCAGUUCAUUGGAUUCUCACCAAACGCCCCGCUUGCAAGGACACACCAUGUGUGAUCGUCAGUCCAUACGAAGCCAACGAACUUCUCCCCAUCAUCCGACGCAACGCGAAUGUCACCCUACACAUCUAUGCACCCAGACUCAGCUUGAUGAAUUGUACUCUGGAAGACCUCAAGUUCUGCGCGAUCCCUGCUCUGCCAGCGGAGUGGACUGCUCCGUCAAUCGGGGUUCAGCUGACUCUGUUUGCUGGUCAGCUGUACCUCCAGAACUCUGAGGAAUAUCUAGAAGUUUGCGGUUUCCUAGGCUUGUGUAACCAGGCUCCUCCUGAAAAUGUCAAAGUCGCUUCCGAUGGAUUUAUCACCCCUGCCCAUCGCAAAUUCCUUUACUCCAAGAUGGCCCAUCUUUGCAAUUUCACGCGAACACCCAUCCCUUAUCUUCGCGCCGUCUUCGCUAUGCGUCGAAAGGGGCAGGCAUUCGCGAGUAGUCAUCUUGGACGUAUAUUAAAUGGGGAAUUAUUGCGUCCUGAUCAUUUCGUCGUCCCGGGAUCUGUGGUGGAGAAAAUAGAGAAGUUGGAGGUCUGGCAGUGAGGGUCGUGCAAAGCUCGGUUGAUGUUGUAUCAUGGGGAUGCUGGGCCGAGUUGAGGUUGUGCUUUGGAUGUUUCCUGAUGGUUCUUGAUAUUGUCGUGCUUGAAGGUUAGAUCAGAAUACGGAAAGAUCAUGCAAAGCUCUGUGCCCGGUAUGAAUAUGAGAGAGUGGCAGCUAUAACGAGGCAAUAGUCUCACAAGAAGCCACACUAGUGGGCAUAUUUAAAAGUCAGAAGCCCACACCUAAACGGAUGACCACCGUCUCAGUCACGGUUAUCAUCAAAAUUCAAC